AUGACUUCAGAAACAAUAACGGUUGACUGGCCAACAGAAAGUAAUAUAAUAGUAGGUAAGAGACCCAACGUAACAUUUAUUCUAAUACAAAGACUCCUCCAUGGCUCCGGCAUAAUAACAUCAAUAUUUUAUAUAAUUAUCAAAUACUUUGUUCAACCCUCACUUGAAAAACAGAUACAACAACGAUAUGAAUUUAGCGCAUUCACCCUUCUAAAGGCUCGUUCUUUGGUUCAAAAACUUCAAAGAUAUUCUAAAAACGUUGAUGGCGACGGCAAUGUAAGAGAUGAAAGUGAUAUUCAUUUACAUUUUAGCAAUUCAGAUGUUGAAGAUGGUUUUGAUUAUUAUGGUUUAACUAAAACUAAUGGCCAUUCUAGAGAAAACGUUUCAAUGUAUGGAGCUAUAACUAGAAUAAAUAAGCAUUUAACUGAUUGUAAUAAACGAUUGAUACGGUUUAAUAAUUCUGAAUGGAGGUCUAGGGAUACCGACAAUGAUGAGGACAGUGCGAUUAUGAAUUCUCAAAUAGAAUUAUUUAACUUUCAAGCUCGUUUAUUAGUUGACCAAUUGGAAUUAUCUGAUAAUUCCAGUGAACUUGCUAAAAUAUCAAAUGAAAUUACUACCAAUAUACGUGAAUUAAAGGGAAAGUUCAUUAAUGGAUUUAUAUAA